AUGGCCGACCCAAGUCCUGCCAUUGGAGAUGAUGAAGAGCUCGCAAUUAAGCCCGCGAAACCUGAGCGGCGGAGCAUUGGCGGAGUAUACAACACCCGUAGUUUAUCGCGAACUCGUAGCACUUCGUCUCAGGACGGCCGAACUGAAGUGGCCGGCAUCGACGAAGACGAUAACCACGAAUGGCUCUCCGAAGAUGGCAAGAAAAAACAGGUAUUCAAAGGGACAGCGUUGCUCUGGUUGGCCUAUCAGUCUAUUGGUGCCAUUUACGGCGACAUCGGUACAUCACCGCUAUAUGUUUACUCGAGUACCUUCACCGCCGAACCGUCUUAUGAAGUCCUUGUUGAGGUGCUCUCAGUCAUUAUUUGGUCCCUCACGAUUAUGGUAACUUUUAAAUACGUCCUUAUCGUGUUACGUGCCGACAACCAGGGCGAGGGUGGCACUUUCAGCUGCUACUCUUUGCUCACACGUUAUGCCAACUUGACCGACCGAGACCCUCGGGAAGCUGCGUCAGUCAAGAUGGAACGCCAUAUGACUCAGGACUUGAGCCCCAGUAACCAUGCCGUACGCAGAAGAAUGGAAGAUAGCAAGUUUCUCCGUGGGCUUCUGAAGACCAUUGGUGUCUUAGCCGUUUCCAUGGUUAUUGCAGACGGAAUACUAACACCAGCACAGUCUGUGCUAGGAGCUAUUCAGGGGCUCUCGGUCGUGAGCCCAGGCAUUACUAGCUCGACUAUAGUUGGAACCAGCAGCGGUAUAUUGAUAUUGCUUUUUGCCAUUCAGCCUUUGGGACUUACCAAACUUGCCUCCUCAUUCGCACCGGUCGUCAUUGUCUGGCUUGCUUUUAACGCCUCAUUUGGCAUAUACAACCUAGUCAAAUACGACCAUUCUGUGCUAAAGGCAUUCUCGCCUUACUACGCCAUCCACUUCUUUGUCCGUGGUAAGACCGAAGCCUGGAAGAGGCUUGGUGGGAUCUUACUAUCAUUUACUGGCGUGGAAGCUCUAUUCGCCGAUCUCGGUGCCUUUAGUAUGCGGGCGAUUCAGAUAAGUUGGCUCGGUUAUUGCUAUCCCGCCUUGCUGCUUGCCUACAUAGGACAAGCCGCGUAUAUUAGUGUUCACCCAGCGGCCUACUCCAAUCCUUUCUUCAACUCUGUCCCGCCCGGACUACUCUAUCCCAGUCUAGUCGUUGCUGUCCUUGCCGCUGUUGUGGCUUCACAGGCUAUGAUCACCGCAUGUUUCCAGCUCGUGAGCCAGCUAAUGAAGCUAUCUUACUGUCCUCAAGUGAAGAUUGUCCACACAUCCACGAAGUUUCAUGGCCAGCUCUACGUUCCUUUCCUCAACUGGCUCCUCUUGAUCGGCACGGUUCUCGUCACGGCCGUAUACUCCAAUACAACACGGUUAGGAAAUGCAUAUGGCGUAUGCGUAAUUUUCGUGACCUUUUUCGACACUUGUUUCGUAACGCUCGUUGCCUUGAUUGUAUGGCGAAUUUCGCCUUACGUUCUAUUUGUGCCAUGGCUAUUCUUCGCAACACACGACGGUCUUUACCUCACUUCAGCCUUAAACAAAGUUCCCGACGGCGCCUGGUUUACGCUUACCCUUGCGGCCAUUCUUGCUGGUCUCUUCUUGCUCUGGCGCUUCGGAAAGGAAAAUCAGUGGCGUGCGGAAGCCGAGGAUCGUUUCCGCCUCAACGAGCUCAUCAAAAAAGGGGUAGAUGACAAGCUAUUUCUCGCUGCGCGCUGGGGAGGUGGCUCAGUUGCCCCCAUCCGAGGUUUUGGUAUUUAUUUUGACAAGACGGGUGUUCUCACACCGACAGUUUUCACACAAUUUGUCACGAAGUUUGGAGCGGUUCCUGAAGUCAUGAUAUUUUUCCACCUACACCCCGUUGAAAUUCCUACGGUCCCAUCCACCGAGCGAUAUAUCAUUACACGCUUAGGGGCUGUACCUGGCUGCUAUAGACUCGCCGUUCGCCACGGAUUUAUGGACGAGGUAAUCACACCAGAUUUAGCGGCUCUGAUCUACGAACAGGUCCGUAAGUUCAUAGUGCGUCAAGCCGGCGCAGAGGAUUUGAGCAAAAAGCCCGAAAUUCCGGGCGAAGUCAGUGGCGCGUCCGGAGGUAGCAGUGGCUCUGUAAGCGAGGACCUGCCACUUGAGCAAAAUGGGAAGGGGAAGCAGUGCCGGAACGGGCCAGCUGAGAUCGAAGAUGCGAAAGUGCGUCGGGAACUCGCCUGUUUGGACCGCGCGUUCGCUACCAAGAUUUCGUACGUCGUUGGAAAGGAACAAAUGAGAAUCAAGGGAAGUGCCUCGCUUCCCAGACGUCUUGUGCUCGAGACGUUUCUCUUCAUCCGAGAUAAUACGCGCGCGAAGGUUGCCAAUCUGAGACUGGCGAUGGACAGGGUUGUUGAAGUGGGCUUUGUGAAGGAGAUAUAG